CCAACGAUUUUGCCGCGCGUCCCCGACUAGCAGCGCGCGCGUAUUGCAAGGCAUGCGCUAGCGAAGUCAGUGAGUGGAAGAGUGAACGAUUGAGCGGGGGAUGCCGUGCCAGGCCGUGCCGUGGAAGCGUACGCCGUCUAAUGUGGUUCAGUAGUGGUCACGCUGUUGUGUGAAUGUUUUUCAAUACGACAUCAUGUGUCCGUUGAGAGCAACAUGAAGUUUUCGCGGCGAAGCUGCGCCUCUUUACUACUGGCAUGCGGCUACCUCAUCGUCGGCGCCAGACUUUCAGAAGCUGCAGGCCUGGGAGCCAAGGAGGACAGAGCUUGGCUGCUCCGAGUUGACCAAGGUGGCACCUCGACAAUACUCGAGGAGCUCUUGGAGGGAAGCGAGCCUCGUACAACGCCUGACCAAAAGAAGAAUGCUGUGGUGUCUGGGGCUCAGCGGGAUGUGCGGCCGACUCCCCCUUGGGACACCCCAGCUGGAGCCCACCCGUCAGCACGAACAGCUUGGCUGCUGGCCCUGGGCCUGGCAGCUGUGCUACUGUUGCUCUUUGCUGGUCUCUGUCCCCUCCUGUGGUGGCUCCAGCGAAGCAGCCAGGCAAAGUCCCCGGGGCUCUUCUUCCAGCCCCUGGAGCCACUGCCGUCACACUGCUCCCCCCCAGAGCAUGUCGUCUGCCAGCCGGAGCCAAAGCUGGACGAAAGGUCCAGCAUUGAGGUCCAACCAGAGCCAACUGUCGGCCACACAACACCUAUAGACAUAAGACCAUCCUUGAGACCAUCUUUUGAUGCUGCUGAAACUGUGCCAUCGAAAGUAGGCUUUGAGGACGACUUUGCUCAGAGUGCUGCGGUAUUGGCGGUAGUGUGCCCCGCCGGGACUGCAUCCAGUGCUCCUGCUGUAGCAUCAGUGACGGCUGCGAGUGCUGCACUGUGGAGCAACUCGCUUUCCGAGACAGAUUCGGACCAGGGUCUGAGCCCAACGCGCAGCCCUCUUCGACGCAAAACAAGGCGCCUUCUUGAGAGACGGGGUUCAAAUGCUUCCCUGACACUGGAUCUGAACAAGGCAAAUCAGAAUGGUAGAUUCAGCCCAAAUGGUAGCAAGGACAGGUGCCAAGACCCGUAUUUGCGGCGAGCGAGUCGACGCUUGACACGUUCCCAGCUACAGGCUUGCCUCUCAAAUGUGGCAGCCCUGCACUCGGAGUUCUGGGACAUCCCGAUGAAUCACCCAGAGAGGGCUGAAAUCGCUGGUUGUGGGGCCAAGAACAGGUACAGGAGCAUACUGCCAAAUGAACACAGCCGAGUGCGACUGCGUCACGGUGUGGAAGAAGAGUACAUCAAUGCCAACUACCUGAGUGGCUACGGGGGCAAGCCACAAGCCUACAUUGCUACCCAGGGACCCCUAGCCCACACGGUGGCCGACUUCUGGGCCAUGGUGUGGCAGGAGCGGGCCCCAGCCAUCGUCAUGAUUACCAACCUGGUGGAGGAUGCCAAAGUGAAAUGUGAGAAGUACCUGCCGGAAGGGCAUGGUGUGUAUGGGCCCUUCACCGUGGAAGUGGUUCAGACAUCGGCACGUGACGGGUACACGCUGAGGGAGCUCCUACUUCAGAAAAGUGGGGAGCAGCGGCGGGUGCAGCACCUGUGGUACACAGCGUGGCCCGACCAUCGGGCACCAGCCUCGCCCACCCAGCUGCUCUCAUUGGCCCUGGAAGUAGAGCAGCUGCAGGCACGUUUCCCAGGACCCAUUGUCGUCCACUGCAGUGCGGGCAUUGGGCGCACUGGCUGCUUUGUGGCCAGCAGCAUUGGCAUCCGGCAGCUGCGAGAGGAGAACAGUGUCGAUGUGUUGGCCAUUGUGUGUGCUCUUCGCAGGGACAGGGGAGGCAUGGUGCAGACGGCCGAGCAGUACGAGUUUGUCCAUCGAACACUGUGCCUGUUUGAGCGCGAACUGCCCCACAAAAUUGCCCGUUGAGAUUCUGGUUGGUGGUGCGCUCAGCAGGGUAAAGGACCUGGGAGGCUGCCAGGAGGCACCAGUGUGGCCGCCAGUGCACCACUGCAGCACCGUCGUCGAAAAGCUCUCACCGGUGGGACCUUUUCCUCCCUCGGGGCGUGUCGUGCACCCAGCUGCUGUCGAAUGCGCCUUUUGCCAUUUCAGCCAUCAUUAUUCCAUUAUUAUUAUUUCUUUAUUCGCUAUGGGUGGAUGAGUAGGCGUGUGUGUGCUUCCUUUUUAUUGAAUGUGUGAACCUGUUGGUGCAAAGAACUUGUCUGGUUGUGCUGGUGCCAUAAGCGUGAUAGUACAAGUGACAUUAUGUGUGUUGCCCAUUUUAGGUGAUCCCACCUAAUUUUUUAGGAGUGCUGCCAAGACAAGCAAGCGUGCUUCCUAAAUCAUCAGCUCUUAAUGACCUCUUGUCCGGCUGUUUGUGUUGUGAGUAUGUGUGCACUCUUGUUCUUAAAGAAGGAGGUGCAUCCACUUGCACUCAUUUCAUUUUAGAUAAGCUGCAAUCCCUGUUCAACAACACUGCAACACACACACGAAUAUCGAAUCAUUAUACAUGGAGAAGUAAUUUUUCACUUCCACGAUUAUAUAUCUUUUGUUGAUGCUUGUGUGUGCACUCAUAAUCCAAUGAAGUGGAAGUAUUUCCUUGUAAGAUGCUACUUCAUUACGACAAAGUUACGCUCUGUAAACACAGCGAAUCGCACAUGUGGCUAGAACGCAGACAUCAGAACAGAGGCAGUUGUUGAGGGCAACACAGUGUUAUCGGACACUCUUGCUUGUGGUCAGUUAGCCCUUGUGAGUGCAUCAUCCGGUUCUCUGAAGUUGUGUGUUAUCGAUUCCACCGCUGUUCACUGUCUGAAUUGUGCAGCCUCUCUCAAAAACUGUUUGAAGACCCUUGGUUACUUCGAUUUGGCUGUACAAGUAAUUUUAGAUGGUGCAUUACGAAAAAAUGGCGAGGAGCUGUCCCGCUUUUGCUUGUUUUUUUUUUUUCCGGCAGUGGUUCAGCUAAUGGUGAAACUGUAUAGUGUUGCAAUUUCAUUUUUGUUUUUUGAGGUCCCAUUUCUCAUACAGGCUGGACCACUUUUGUUUAUGCGUUGCAAAGUAAUGUCAUUUAGUUUUCACCUACUGUAAAACUGUUGAAAGAAGUCUGUUUUAGCAUACACGUGUCUUUUUUGUUAAUAGAUGUGCACUUGCACAUAUAUGGAAAUGCUACAAAUAGCUCAUGGCAGGGUUCAUAUCUGUUCAUUUCCUAGUAGUAUUUUUUGCGAGGGUCCUUCAUGACAGGUAAAAGAGAAUGGAAGUUUGGCAAAGUAUGUUUUGGGCACAUGGUUUACUGUUGAGUGCAGAUUUUCCUUCUGUAGCCAAAUGGUGACUGGUGGUACCUUGUAAGAUAAUUUUUGCAGUAUAGUUAGCAAGAAGAGCAGUCAUACUUGAGGGGAUCACUUUUGCUGGAACUGGACAGCUUAGUUUUACCACAUUUGCAUGAAGCAUUUCACAGUAGCAUUUAUUGGGCUCUUUCAAGUACUUUUCAAUGAAGUGCAUAACAUACUCAACAAUGACGCAUUGUUAAGAAGUCAGUGCAGUUCGUAAGAACUCGAGGUGUUUUGUACAGAAUAGUGCUACAGCCGCACCUGUCUUGGUUUUAAAAAAUUUUAUUUUUAUUUAUUAACCGCUCCAGAGUAAAUUUUAGUUGCAGAGAUUGUGCAUACGCAGGCUGGAAGCUGUGCCUCUUUGUAGAAGGUGUAUAUUCUAUUACGCAAACGUGAGAAGUAGAACAGCCGUAUUUGAUUGACCACUGCACUGAUCAACUUCAGCCGCUCAUUAAGAAGUUUGUGAAUGAAAAUUAUUUGAUCAAUAAUCGCCAUCCGCAAAUCUUGAUGUCUACCUAUACAAUAAAUUACUGUCACCAGAUAUUGCCAUUUCGUGUUGAACGCCUUUCUUUUUUUUUUAGUAAUUGGAGUGGUGAUGUUGAAAUGCGUUAAAGAGUUAUGCUAUUUGUUUACAAGCUUAAAAUUCAAGAUUGCUCUGAGAUACUCAGAGCAGCCAUAAGCUUUUUUUGUCCACGCUGUAAAUUAGAAUUCUUUCUUUUUAGCUCUAGUUUUGUUUAGUGUACUUGUGUGAUAGCAGAAGCUUCGCUUUUGCGACAUUCAGGUAUUCAACGUCUGCCUGCUAUUCAACAUUGGCUAUUCGACAUUGGCUAUUCAACAGCAUGCAACCUUGAGCUUUUUUUGUCAAUGGUGACCUUCCGAUAUUGAAUGGCCUGUCACACUUAUUACUUAAGUUUUCUUCUUUUUUUGCCUGCAUUAUGAUGCCGUUUUAUUUGUUCUGUCCACCUGAUAUUUCUUUCACUGAGGGAGUACAUUGCAUUCCUGCCUUUGUUCAGCGGCUGAUAGAAAUUCUGGGGUGACAUUACUGCUAGCAGGGCGAGCCGAACACUGGCCGAUGCCCUCACAUGAAAGAGAAAGCGCUGUUCGAAGUGAUCGACUGACACUGGUAUCUUGACGCAUACUGAGACAUCUCUGAAAUGCAGCAUGUAACAAGCAUUGCAUAUUAAGAGGGUUUCAAAAUAGAUUGCAGGGACCUGUGCACCUGUUGCAAAUUCAACUUUGUUUUAAUUGUAUGUAAAAGCAACUAAGGAAUAAUUGACUGAACUGGUAAUAGUGACCCCUGGUUUCUUUCCAACAUUAAGGGCAGAUUCAAGUCGAAAAACAGUACCGUAAAAACCCGCAUAUAGCUCGGACCCGCAUAUAGUCCGGGGUGUAAUUCGGGGAUAGCAAACGUGAGAAAAAAAGUUUUCACCCGAAUAUAGUCCGAGGAAAAUGGAAAAAAUGCAUUUAUUGACAUUUCAUUCAUCCUCGUCGUCGGACGCACUCUCUUCCGAAGCUCCCUUGUCGGAAAUGUUCUCCCACAGCACAUCAUCCUCAGUGCCAUCAAGCGCGUUGGAGAUGGAGCACUUUUUGAAGGCGCGGCAAACGAGCGCCUCUGGAAUGCAGGCCCAAGCCUCGACUAUCCACGAGCAGAGCAUCGCUGGCGAGGCCCGUUUCAGCCGUCCGGCAGGGGUCACUUCUGGUUCUCCGGACCUCAUCCACUCCACGUACAGGCGCUUGACAUGGUCCUUAAAUGGCUUAUUAAGGCACACAUCAAGCGGCUGCAGCUGUGAUGUCAUCCCUCCCGGGAUGACGACGAGCUCGGUGCGGGAGUCGCGCAGCAGUCGCUUUACGGAGUCGGCCAGGUGACACCGAAACGCGUCGAGCACAAGCAUCGAAGGGAGCCCCAGCAGUGCUCCGGGCCGUCGACACCACACGGACUUUAUCCAGUCAAGGACUAACGAUUCGUCCAUCCACCCCUUGUCCUGGCAGCGGACGACGACAUUUUUCGGGAACUUCUCCCCCUUCGGCAGCGUCUUUCGUUUGAACACCACGUAGGGUGGCAGCUUGCGACCGUCAGCCGUGCAGGAUAACAUUACAGUCACCCGCGUUUUUUCGUUUCCAGUCGACCGCACGAUAACUUGCCUGGAGCCUUUUUGAUGCACCGUCAGCGCCGAGGGCAUAUCCAGGUAGACCGGCGUCUGAUCCGCGUUGCCGAUCUGGCCCAGCUGAAAGGGGACUGCCUUUCGCAACACAAUUAUGUACCUUUGAAAAGCCACGAGGUGCUCUUCGUAGCUCUCUGGUAGCUUCUGGGAGAUCGACGUACGCCGACGUAGGGAGAACCCAGCGCGGCGCAUGAAGCGAGACACCCAAUGCUUGCUCGCUUUGAAAUCCUCCGGCUGAAUGCCUUUGUCUCGAGCGAUCUCCCUUGCCUUCGCUUGUAGCAGCUCGAUGUUGACAGCGAGAUGUGCAGCUCGCUGCUCCCGCACAAAGUCUGUGAGUUCUCGUUCCACGUCAGGAAAUGCUCCAUUUUUUGGUCCGCGGAAACUUUUUCGCUGGCCGCUGCAUGCAAAGAGGGCUUCCUUCUGCUUCCGCCAACCGCGAAUGCUCCGCUCGUUGACUCCGAACUGCCGCUCCGCGGCACAGUUGCCGAUGGUUUCGGCAGCAGCGAUAACUUUUCUUUUAAAAGCAGCAGAGUACUGCCUGCGCGGUCCUGACAUGGCGUAAAAUCACAGGAGCAAAAUCGAGGCCGUCAUUAUGGGCACCAAGUUGAAGCAAAGGCCACUGACCAACUGACCAGUUAAGACUAACCAGUGGUGGUAACUUUUGGGGGGCCUAAGUCGCCAGAACGCUUCCUAAAAGUCGUCAAUUUCAGCCAAAAGUCGCUAAGUGAUGAUGAUGAUGACGUUUUUCCUGAGUUUUUAGUUUUCGACUGGAUAAAGCACGUUAAGGGAUUAUUUUUAAACAAUGAUUUAAAUAAAUUUCUGCUGUGGUGAAUAAAGUGAACAGUCAAAAUAAAAUAAUCAUUUCUAGUGUCGGACUGCGCUGUUCAGUUUUGGUCUGGACAAGCAACUCUGGGUCUGCCGGGAGACGUGGAUUGCGCGGAAUAAACUUCUAGGUCUGAACCACAGAUCGGAACAUGGAGGAAGGAAAGACAGGAGGGAGCGUUGCGCAACUCGAUUGAAGCCCACCAAGUCGGCCCAACAAGUGACCAAAACGUCAGCGCUCGCGGUAGGUUUUAGUUCUCUCGGCGCUGUUCCGUCUUUGAAACACCUCCGUGAGCCGGCCAGUCUGCGCCGAACCAGUUCAUUUCGAUUAAAAGCUACCGGGCGCCGUAUUUCGAGGUAUCGGCAAGUCUCGUUUAUUGCGUGAUCUCACGGCAAAAGGGCCGACUUUGUUGGCUUCAAAACGGGUUGGCUUGCCAAGGCUGGGUGCGUGACGUCAUGCUCCCUCCUGUUAUUUCCUUCCCCCAUGAUCUAGCCACCAUACCCAUGGGUCGGAACCCAGCGCAGCACUCUGCCGGAAAUUAAGUUUUCUCUCUCUCUCUCUCCGCGAAGCAGGGGAACGCGUGGUGUGCAUAAAUUUUGUGCAUGCACGCCACGCACGCUUUUUCUGCCUCAUGAAGACAAAGGCUCCCCUUGCGUGGUUGCAGAGGUCAAGCAAGUAUUGUGGGCAUCGGAGAUUCCGAGAACGUUUUCGGGGUGAGUACAAUUCGCCGACUGGCUCCCGGCGAGGACUAUUGUUCGUCACCCCUCUCGCUCUGUUGUCGGGCUGCUCUAAGGUGGUUUUCGCUGCUUACGCCAGGAAUGCUCUUCUUUUUCCUGAGGGGAACACGCUCAACGCACCCACAUCGUUCUAUUCUUCCCCACUCUCGGGUCACCCUAUUUGGAAACCGCACGUUCAGCGUCACCGAAGCUUGAGCGCAUGUAGUCUCAGGCACUGCCCCGCUGUGCGGCGCUAGUUUCUUAUGGUAUCUAGGCGGGCGUUUUGAACUGAAACAAAAUCGUCCUCAAUUAACGAUGCUAGCAUCAAUUAUACGAUGCGUUAGAACAUUUACGAUUGAAUUUUGGCAUUACUAGACGCAAAGCUACGGAUUACUGUAAAAAAAUGUCGAAAACAAAACUUUUCCUGUCAGUAGUCCUUUAAACAUUCAAUUUCAACUUUUCAAAGUCUCCAAAAAAGUCGCUAAGACUCCAAAGUGAUAAAAUUGUCGCUAGCACGACUGAAAAGGCGCUAAAUUUAGCGACUUUCUCGCUAAGUUACCACCACUGAGACUAACGCCGCUAACACUACCUAGCGCAGAAGCGCGCAGACAGCUGAUGAUGAUGAUAGCACCGCGCUAUGCCGAAACCGAAACUGAAUUUGGGCCGAAAAUUCUUGGGACCCGCAUAUAGUACGGGGCCGAAAUUUCGCACCCUAAAAUCUAGAAAAAAACCCCGGGCUAUACGCGGGUUUUUACGGUAGUUCUUUUCACAAAAUUAUAUAUUUUGUAUUUUUAUUUGCUUUUGCAAGCUUAAUUUCUCUACUUUCACUACAAAAAGCUGAAGAUUGUAUUAAACUCAUGUAUGUCAAGAUCGCUUCUAAAGAGCACAAGGUGGCUGCUAAAAACUAGAAAAGAGCUCAUAAUCGAGUCUCUUAGAUAUGGUCACUUGGCUGGUUGUCAUUGCAUUUCGCAUGAGGGAUUCACAGAAGCCCCAUGCUCAAAGUAUGAAUGAUUGGCAAGCUCUCAUCAUGGAAGAGCUCAUCUUAAAAAACAUAUCUUGUUCGCAUAGAUGAGCUUUCACUUAUACCUUUCCAAUACGGUUUUCUCAAGAUUUGUUUUUAGGCAACUUCUUCAAUUUCGACAUGGUGUUUUUGGUACUUCUGAUGGCCUGACUGGUAUGAAAUUUUUCCCAAAUAUACCUUAAAAUGGGAAGGUUGCAAGUAUUUCUUUUAAAACAUUAUACCAUUUGUAUAAUUAUUGUGUACCUAAAAUAAGCAAUUAAUUUAGGCUGAGGAUUCUAAGAAUUCUUACAUUACAACUUUUCUUCAAUAUCAAAGCAUUUUAUACACACCUUCCUAAUGGUUAUUUGCAUUCUACAAUAUUGAGGCAAAAUAUGAGCAUUUAAUGGUUCAGAACAACCAUAAAAAUUUUGUCGCAUAAAAAGUUUGCCCGAAACAAACUAUACUUUACACAUUCUCAGGGCACAAAUUAAAAACUGUGCAACUUACUAUAAAUCUUAUUACAUUUCAAAUCAGUCUAAAUGCCUAUAUAUACAGCAAUAAGUUCAUGGCCUUAGCCUACAGACUAACGCAACCUUUUUUCCCAAUCACAUCUUCCCCUAAAUGAAACUGUUGCUUUUAAUGGUGUUUUGUGGUUCAGAUUGUGUGAACACAUCUUGGUAUGAAUCACACAAUAAUUCUUCUCCGUUUAUUUGGAAAAACAGAGAAGAAAAUUACAGAAAUGACCAGCUGUGUAGAGAGUUGCAUUGUUUGUAUUUUUGAAGAAAUCAAGAACAAUGUGGCCUAGUGUAUCAUUAAGCAAUACAGAGGCAGUGGUGCAGUCUCACAGAAUGACAGCAAAAAAAUUAAGCUGCAGUCUGUUGAAAUUUUUCUAAUGUUGCUGUAAUAGAAAUGCGCGUUUUGACUGUAGACAAGGUGCGAUUAGAAAUGUAAUUUCAGUUGCAAGCACAAUCACUGUUCCCUUAAGCAAGGUGGCUGUUCAUUAAGGUAAAGUUUUGCCGUCCGACUCCAGUCUUGAUCUACUUCAGGUCCUGAAAACAAAAUUUACAUUUACAGAUAGGGAUUGGGCACUGAUGUAGUAGGAUGCCUGUGAUAGCUAACCUUGCAUCUGAAGAUCACAAGCAGCAGGAAAUUUAUGGUUUCGUUAGUUCAUUCGGUCUUGCAUUGAAGCAGCACAUUUGUUUGCCUGUUGCUGCUGUUAGCACAACCACUUGGUUCACAUUUUGCAAAAUGUCCUUGCAUCAGCCUGUUGUUCAUUGCAACCAGCUGUCAUUCUUUGCCAUCACAUCAACUGAACUCGGGAUCUGACCUUGCUUUCACACAGUGUCUGUGCAGAUAAGUGUCUUUUGCGCUUUACUUAUGAAUGUCGUGUAGUUCUGUGGGAAGUUUCGCUUAUUUAUUGAGACGCUUUAUGUGUAAGGCUGUCAUAUUUACAUGUAAUAACCGAGUUCGAAAUUAUACAUUUCUGUUUAUUUUUUUCUAUAACUUGGUGCACAAUAGCAAGUAGCAGGGUUGGUUUUUAUAAUGUGGACAAACUGUGAGGCAUUGCAGGGUAUGAAAAUUGAAUAAUUCAACCUUUCUUGGGUAGGCACAAUGGCUGGAACAGCGACCAAGCAUUUGGGUAUGGCAUUAAAAAAACAAUGUCAGUAUUAAUACUUGCACUGAGUCAUGUUUUGGUUUUGAAUUUAUGGUCAGUCCUUUAUGAUGGAGUGGAAAUGUAUGUCUGUCUAUGCUUUCUAGGUUUUUCUAUGUAUAAUUGCAAUAGUAUGUUGUUGUAGGGGACAAGACAAACGUCUGUUGUCCCAUCGUUGAACCAUCUGGACUCAUAUUGUUCUCAUCUUGCUUUUUGGUUCGAGUGAACCUCAUUCGAGCUUGUUUCAUGUGACAGCAUUGUUUUUCAGUGAUGCACUUUCAAAGUUUUUCUGUACUGUCACUUGCAAGUAUUUCGUGCUUACAUAUUUCUUCAUCGCAUGCAUUGCACCUCCAUUCUGUUGAUGUAGAGACUUAGGAAGUGGAUAUUCUCUUUGUGCAAAGGCCUUACGAGUGUGCUAGCUUGUGUGCUUUAAAGUGAAUUGUUUUGUCCUCAUGUUUCCCUUGAAGGCCUCUAAAAACCGACUGCUUCUUGCAUCUGGUUCUUGAGUGGCUGUGAUGUCGGUAGAUGUUGGUAUGCCACAGUGGAAUAAGUAGCAGUGUUAAACGUGUGCCCCGAAUGUUACUCAUUUGCCAGAGUUUACUGUUAUGGAGUCAUAUUGAAGCAGUGAACACUCUUUCAGGCACAUCACUGAGUUGAAUGCAUGUGUAGUUUUUGCAAUCAUUUGCAUUCACACAUUGUCUCAAGUGUAAGUGAAUGUGAACUUUGUAUCACCAGCUCGUUCUAUCAAUCGCAUGUUUAUCACCAUCCAACCUGUUGAACGUCAGUUAAGACACAACAGCCCAGACCGCUUAGCCAUGGCUGUCGUUUGGAAUUGGAAAAAGCACAGCACCCUUUCCAGCUACUCAGCAAUGAGCUUGUUUGGUGAAAUGUUUCCCAGUCUUGACAGUGACAGUUCUACAAGUAGCAUAGCAAAUGCAGAAAGAAUGAGCAGCUUCCUCGUAAACUUUUUGUAAAGAGAAUAAUCAUUGAAUGACUGCGCUAGUUCGUGAUGUUACUGCAUCAUAAAUGAAGCUGAGGCAUGCAAAACAUGGCUUACAUGUUCACAUGUUCUGCAGACACACAGCUCCUUCUGGCUAUGUUCGAAAACUUAGAAUAACAGUGAGCUUAGCUGGUUGCUUCGUUCUAGAAGGCAAACACAGGGAGAACCACAAACGUUCACUUCUGUCUUGUGUUCGUACACCCUGUCUUCUGGAAUGUUCAAAAAGUUUUUCAGGCUCUGCACAAGAAAAUGCUCGCAUUCUAACAUUAAAAGAGAACCUCUAGUUUCGUGCUAUCGCUCAUUUUAAUUCUGGCACCAAGUCAUCGCUGCUGGUGACUCUCUUUUGCACACUGUUUUAGUGAUGUGGCACUUUGCUACCUAAAUUUUACUCGCCACACCAAAUUCUUCAACUGGUAAUUUUGGAGUAAUAUGCCAGUGUGACUAGGUUCACCUCAUUGGUGAUGAAAAUCUGGGAAGUACUUGCUGCCUUGAUUCCUUCUUCUUAUCAUCCAUGUCUCCACUGUGAACUGUCUGAAGGCUUUUUCAGUGUGAGCGUUGUUUCUUUCAUCUGCUAUUUGCAUUUAAUCUGCAAAAGCUUGCUGCUAUAUUGGGUGGACUAAUUUUCCUGAGUGACAACAGUGACAACAGAGAGGCACGGCAUGAAUUUCUUGCUUUGUGACAGAAUUGGUGUGUCUCUAGCACUUUCUGCAGGCUGUCGUUUGUCAGGGUGCUUGACAAAUAUGACUCAAUCGCCACUAAUAAUGAGGGGCGAUUUCUGAGACUUUUCAAAUGAUGUUUGACGUGUAUAUGUGUGUGUUGUGUUUGCGUGUAGGUGAAAUCGAUUUCCCUUUCACAGCAUGCUUGAUUCUUAAAACCUUCCCAGUACAAAAAAAAUAAUUUGUUAUUGAAAUAAAGAGAUUUAAGAUGUACUGUUUGAUCAUCAUCUUACUGUUGCAUAACUGCUUCUCAGUCUGUUCAUGGGUUUGGUUAAAAUCUUCAGAAAGCAGUAUUCACAGCCUUCUGCCUCGUUGUUGUGAAUGCAUAAUGUUAUAGUAGAUUCUUAAAGUUGCUGCAUCCAAAACCCUUCGGCUUUAAUUGAGGUAAUUACACACUUGUUACUGCAAAAUGAUCAGUGAAGCCUUUUUAGACUAUCUUCUUGUAAUAUUAGAAACAUGUUCUUGAGUCUGCACACUCCUCAGUUUUUAUAAUUACUGCUAACAAAGGCCUAAAAAAAAUAAAGUUCACAUGCCACCCAUUGUGAGCCUUUCUUGUGUAAGAACCCAUGUUCGUGAAUGUGGGGUCAUGAAUGCAGCAGUAUGGAGGCACAUUUAUUUUUUAAUGGAAUGUAUUCUUUCUAUGCACUAAUGCUUAGAGGAAAGAAUGAUCCAAAAGUUUUUGCAGCACAAUUCAUUUGGGCUGGUCGGUACUUCUCAUUAGCAACACUGUGAGGAAGAGGCUGUAAGUGAGCGCAGUCAUCUUCUCUUUGUUUCCACAGUUGUACAAAAGUCUUGCUUAAACCUGCAUUCGAGGGGGGGGGAGAGGGAGGGGCAGGCAGGCUGUUUAAAAUGCUUGUAUGCACAUUAAUAACAUUUAAAAAUUACUCUGAGAUUAUUUCACUGCCUCAGGUGAGACUUGUGGAACAGACCUGAUAAACUCAAACGAGGCUUCUAGCACGAAUGAAACUUCUGUAGGGCCUAGUUGGUACACAGCAUUUGCGGUAAAAACUUCAGCGCAAACCAAGACGGAUCGCAAAGAAUAGAAGAGACGAGCACUGGCGCCUACCAGCAGAUGCUUUAUUCUUCUAAAUGCCACAACCACAGACCUUGCAUGCCCUCGCACAGCAAGACGUAUUGCCUACGCAAAAAACUGAGAUUUCUAACGGAAAUGUGCACGAAUGAAUCAUGACUGCCAAACCAAGUACAGUGUCUGAUGUAUCCUUUGCAGCACCUGUGUGCUGCAAAGGAUACAUCAUAUGUGCCUGUACCUCUGUCUUGUGGCAAGGCCUACAUCGGGCUAACUGUAUGCUGCAUAAGUGAGCAAAAAGUAAAUAACAACAGUGACAAAGGAGCCCGCCUCGUCACUCAUCUUGACUGCUGCUCCAGCAGUGGCCCACGAUUUAUGUGAGACGCUGAUUCUGAGCAGAAGGAAGAAUGAACACAUGCAGCUUGUCUGGAAGGGUACCACAUCCAGAAAGAGAAAGCUCAUUCUAUUAGAGAUGCCCGUAAGCUUUGUAGCCCUCCAUACCCCUGCACAUCUUCGUUAGAAAUCUGUCAUUACGUGUGCAAAUCAUCUUGUUACGAAUGUGCAUGCAAGGUUUUGUGGCAUUUAUAUGCUUUGCUACAAGGCACCAGUAAGGCACCAGUUCUCAUCUCUUUGUGGUUUGUCUUGGUUUGGUUUCACCUUAAAUACUGUGUUGCAAAACGUUAUAGCAUGUUUUUUUUUGUUUUUUUUGGCAAGUGGACCGGUCUUUCAUUUCAUGGCAGUCUGCUAAACGCUCAGGAUUGCAGUGAUAGUGAUUUCAGUUAAUGCACCUAAGUGGAUACAGCCACGCUAAUUUUUGAAACUUCAUCCUCCUUGGAAGCACCAUGCACCAACAGCUUUUUGCUCAAGUUGGAAAUGGUGACACACAGUUUGGUUCCUUUGGCGUCACACCUUCAGGCAGAAAAAGAGUGUCCGACCAUUGCCGUAUUGGCUGCUACUGGUGAAGACGAACACUCCCACAUUUUAACGCACAUGUACACUCCGUAAAGUGGACGGAGGGAUCACUGCCACUGUAGCUCAGUUGGUAGAGCAUUAUUCGAAAGUCACAGGUUCGGUCCCUGCCCAUGGCAAGUUAUCUUUUCGUCCACUUUGUUUCUUCACAUUUACACUACUAGGACUUCUAAGAACAUCCCCUAUAUUUUCCCCGGCAUUAUUAUGUGUUCUUACCAAUGGUAUGUUUCUGUUGCAUUUUCUUCUUAGUGCAGUUUCCUGUGAACCUGCUAGCCCAACUUAAUUGGGUGCCAUUCAUGCUGUGUACCUCAACAGCUGGGUUCUAUUAGCUUAAUCGGUAAGAAUGGUCUUCUACUGACCAUUUUCAUUUUUUGUUGGAUGCUUUCACAAAAAAGACGAAAAUCAGUUUUAUAUCUUUAGCAUGUUCUCUUCCAAUCUGCAGCAGAAAAAUAUUUUUUUGACAUCACAGAUUUGAAACUAAUUCUUCAUACAGUGAAAGCUCAUCCAGACUGUUUACGUUGAAUACAUGGUUUUUUUUAGAAUAAAAUGUAUUCAUUGUUCCUCGGUAAACAGGUAACUGUCCUUUGGGAAUAUUUGGCAGAGCAGACACUGUCGGAAGGCGAAACUCUAAUAUUCUCUUAUCUCUGCUAUGAUGAGUCUGUUUUGUAAUUGCAGGAGUGUAUUUUGCCAGUCUUGAUUCUUACUGCCAUGGAUACUAUGUGCAAGCCUGACAUAUACACGCAUGUCGUCGUUAUCCAUUUGUUUGAGUGUCAACUCCUGUCCCUAGGGUUGCAAAUGUUUUUGUGGCUGCACACACAAGUACUUAAGAUGAACAGGCAUGCUUACCUUGUGUAGACCCUAAAACAUCUAAUCAAGCAUUACGCACCUUUUGUAACGCAUCUUUCAUGUUGAUCUAGGUACAUCUGUAAUUACUUCUGAGACAACUGCUUGCUUGCACUGUCAAUGCAAGCUGGCAAAAAGAUGGAACUUGCAUUCAGUUUGCCAAGUUUACUUUCUCCUUGAGCAACAUUUCAUUUAACAGUCCUGUUAAACUUCGUAAAAAAAAGAAGACAUACAAGUGUCUGUUAGACCAUAUGCUGUAUAGUAGUGGUAUGUUUUUGCAUUUCCAUAAAAAUAUACAGUGUUUAGAAGCUACUGUUUGUCAUGGCAUUAGGCCAAGAGACUUUUGAGUGUAUUUAGACGGGCCAUCACGGAUGAAUGUAUGUGUUGCCAGAAUGCUUCAUGCUAGUCAGGAGGUUGCUUUGUUCUCAUGAACCUCAUUGUCUUAUUACACUGCGGUCAUCAAGACGUUGGCAAAGCACAGCAGUUUUAUGCACCAUGAAAAACAGUUGCUCAAGGAAAUAAAAUACAAGGUGUUGAAAACUAAA